AUGAGGUGCGAAUGGUUGGGGGUCCCCGUUCUGGCUCUGCUGCUGUAUUGGAACACGCUCGAUGCUGAUUUUGCUUACGAUGACAGCCGAGCCAUCAAGACAAACCAGGACCUACUGCCGAGCACGCCCCUGUCCAGGCUCUUCACGGACGACUUCUGGGGCACGCCCCUCACGCACAGCGGUUCACACAAGUCCUACAGGCCCCUCUGCGUGCUCUCCUUCCGCCUCAACUACCUGCUGUCGGGACUAGAACCCGGGCCCUACCACCUGGUGAACGUGGUCCUGCACGCCCUGGUCUCUGCCCUCUUCGCCCUCCUGGCACGCGCCCUUCUCGUCCGCAGCCCCCUCUCCGCCUUUUCCGCCGCCCUUCUCUUUGCCGCCCACCCAGUCCACACCGAGGCCGUGGCGGGCGUGGUGGGGCGGGCGGAUUUGGGGGCGUGUCUCUUCUUUUUGCUGGGGCUGCUUGCGUACCGCCGGUACUGCAAGUACCGCGACAAGCGGCGGUACCUGUGGGCGAGCGUCGCCAUGGCAACGGCGUCCAUGCUCACCAAGGAGCACGGGGUCACCGUGCUCGCUGUCUGUGCUCUGUAUGACGUAUGCGUCGUCCACAGGCUGCAUCCCAAGGACUUCCUGCAAGUCAUCAGUGAGAAAAGUUAUGGUCCCUUAAGAGAAGGUCUGCUGCACUUGCUUGGAGCAGCCGUUGCAUUACUCGCCCUGCGCUUCCACCUCAUGGGCAGCCAAGCACCAAAUUUUUCGCCAGCAGAUAAUCCGGCCUCUGACAGCGAUUCCCUGAUGACCCGGACUCUCACCUUCCUGUUCUUGCCAGCCUUCAAUUUCUGGCUGCUGCUCUGUCCGCGGUGGCUCAGCUUCGAUUGGUCCAUGGAAGCCAUUCCCUUGCUGACUUCACCCAUGGACCCCAGGAAUAUCUUCAGUGCCUGUUUCUACUUGUCCGGCGUCAAAUUCCUGUUCCACAUUUCGAGGACACUGACCAAACCGUGCGCCUACAGCGGCAGUGCUGGACACUGCAACCACAGGCUAGCGGGAAAGCAGGCAUGUUCCUGCUACUCGUACAGAUCCAAACAGUCGGUCAGAACGAACAGUGGCAGCAAGAACUCUGUUUUCGGGAAAUACACUACCUGCUGCAGCAAGAACUUUACUAGUUCUGGAAAGUGCAUCUCCAAUGGUGUCAACAAUAACAACAACAACAACUGUGGAUAUGCCAACGGCCACCACCGGACAGGCAUCGCCAAUGGCACGGUGGCCAACGGUGGCACCCACUCUUUUCAGGCAGUGACAGACUGUCAGUGCCACGCUGCUGUGAUAAUGGCCAUCGGCCUUCUGGUCAUCCCUUUCAUACCCGCCACGAAUCUAUUCUUCUACGUAGGAUUCGUGGUGGCAGAGAGGGUGCUCUACAUCCCAUCCAUGGGAUUCUGCCUCCUGGUUGCUCUCGGCUUCGAGCAACUCUACAAGAGGCAGGAGGGACUGCUCAGGAGGCGGAUCCUGUUCGGUCUGUUCCUGGGAAUUAUAGUUGCGAUGUCCGUGAGGACGGUGAGGAGAAAUAGGGACUGGUUACACGAGGAAAAUCUGUACAGAUCAGGCAUUCCUAUUAAUCCACCCAAAGGUAAGAAAUAUAAAUCUUACGUCUGA